UGUCGUGCCAUUACCCAAAUGCAUUCCUAGAAUUGGACUAUACGUCAAAAUUACAAAAUGUUUGACAUCCAGUAACUGAUGAUUAGUAAAUCGAUGUGUUCUAGUGGUGUUGUUAAACAAAACAGACUUCAACUUUUACUAGAAUUGGACACAAUUGAAGAAGUAUUUUAAUUAUUCUUUGUCUGAGGGAAGACAUGUACUUAUUGGAAAGAAGAUGUUUGGCUGAGUGCCUCAUUUUGAAGACGACGUUUUAGAGACCCCGAGCGAUGGCAGAAAAUAGUGGAGGAAUAGCUAUCGUAGGUAUAGGAUGUCGUUUUCCUGGUGCAGACAACAUCGAGGAGUUUUGGCGGGUUUUAUCUAAGGGAGAGAAUCACGUCAAUGAAAUUCCUCUCGAACGAUGGGAUAUGGAGGCUUUCUAUGAUGAAGAUGCUGAUGCUCCUGGGAAAACGUAUGUCAGGAGAGCCGGACUUCUGAAAAACUAUGACAAGUUUGACAAAAGGUUGUUUGGCAUCAAUGAUCAGGAGGCUGAGAGGAUGGACCCACAACAGAAGUUUGUCCUCGAGUGUGUCUUCAUGGCUUUACAAGAUGGCGGAAUUACUAGAGAAAAUAUACGGAAAUCAAACACAGGAGUCUUCAUAGGCGUUAUGAAUGACGAUUACAGCAGGCUGACUUCAAUCAAUGACGCGAGUAACUACAGUGUAACAGGUGCCUCCAACAGUAUCAUGUCAGCACGUGUUUCCUAUGUCUUUGAUCUACGCGGACCAUGCAUGGUCAUUGACUCAGCCUGCUCCUCAUCCCUGAUAGCCAUCCAUUUGGCCAGUCAGGCGCUGUUAUCAGGGGAUUGCAACAUGGCCGUAUGUGGAGGGGUGAACGCUCUGUUGACUCCAACGAUCUUCGCACAACUUAGCAAAGCCAGGAUGCUCUCACGGACUGGACAGUGUCAGGCCUUCUCUGCCAGUGCAGACGGAUACGCAAGAGGAGAGGGAUGUGGGAUUGUCCUCGUGAAAAGACUCUCUGACGCAAUUAAGGAUGGUGACAAGAUAUGGGCAACAAUUGUCACAGGUACAAACCAAGAUGGCCGAGCAGUAACUCCAAUGACUGCACCUUCUGGGGAACAACAAGAGCUGCUUCUGAAAACUGUCUAUAAAAAGGCUGGAAUUGACGCGAGUGAAAUAGACUAUAUAGAAGCACAUGGUAUGUAACAAGUUACUAAAAUAAA